AUCCAUUUAAACACUCCCCUUCCCCUUCCCUUAUACAGAGUACUUAAUUAGCUAGCUACCAAACUCUGUUACUCACCAAGCCGGCCUUUCUGAGAUCCCAAACAUUGCCCGCCGCCGCCGCCGCCCGGAAAUUCAAGAAUGGACUACUACUAUAAAGAUGACCCGAGCAGUAGAGCGCCGCCAUCAUCUUCGAACCCCCCGGCGGCGUUGAGUGUGAAGAUGAGGAGGAGCAUUUCCCAGAGGACCUCGAGUGAAGACAAUCCCCCUCCGGCGACUUAUUUCUCGAGGACUUAUUCCCAUAAGAACCUGCUGCCUGCGGAGGCGGCGCCGCCGCCUUCCGCCUCCAAGAAGCCCCCCGUGAAAACUUUCACCCGCAAGUGCAAAAGCCUGGCCAAGGAGCAGAAGGCCAAGCUUUAUAUAAUGAGGCGGUGCAUUUCUAUGCUCGUCCGCCGGGAAAAGCACUGGGACGACGACGACGAUUGCUCGUGACGGCCGAGACGACAGUGCCAAACAACAUAGUACCUCGACAUCAGUCAUGGCUGACAUUCACUGUACAUUUACAAGAAGUUUCAGAAUUCAGAUAGGUGUGUGGUCAAGAUUGUGAGAUUAUUGAUUAGUGCUUUGUAAUUUCGAUCUAUCAAAUUGCAUAUACCAUUUAAAUUUGGUGACAACUCCAGUACCUUUUUGGGUACCAUAGAAUCUACCUUUAAAUUUUCAUUUAUAUAACAUGUUCAAUAUACUACAGAGUAUAUUAUAUUAGCUUGGUCUCACUCAACUUUGUCGACUUUUG